CAUCUGUCAUACACAAACGUCAGUCAAGCAAGUGUGUGGUGUUUUCGUUCGUGUUGUUUAAUUUAAGAAAAAACGUGUUUUGACCGUAUUUACAACCCUCUAAGUCUUGGGCACCGCAACCAUUGAUUUCUGAGAAGAAUAAUCGAAGAAAUUGAGAUGGAAGAACAACAGCAGUUGUUAAGUCAAACGUUGUGCGAAGAAAAUGAAUUCGCGCACUUUUUGUUUCCCGAGGCGCCGCCCACAAAAGAGAAAAUCUCUCUGACGCCUGGAACUUCAGAAGCUCCGCCACCAAACAUAAAAAAUACAGACUUACCUGCAAGACAAGAUGUCCAGGAGGCGGAUAUAACUAAUUCAAUGGACGUACCACUUUGCAAGAGCAAGUCCCCAUACAAAAGAAUUCGUUUUCGAAAGGAUUUGUUUCAAAGGUUACCCAACAAUACAGACGCACCUGCAAUGCAAGAUGUACAGAAUACGGAUACGACUAAUUCAAAAGCUUCCAAGAAAAAGUCGCCCAGAAAAGUAGCAGAUAAAAAGCUCCAAGAAAAAGAAGUCAUGCACCUUUUGUUGCCAGAUGCGUCGCCAAAAAAAGAAUCAACGUCACCAGCCAAAGGUAAAAAAAAAGUGAGGGGCCAGAAGGUUGCUGACAAAACGAACCUCAAUGUUCUUACUACAGAACAGAAAGAACGUCUCUUUGCUUUAAGGGAACAGAAGGAGGUAGUCAGGUUUUUGCUGCCAGAUGCCCCGGAAAAAAAACAGAAAAGAAAAAAAUCUCCAGCACGUAUUCCGUGUCCCCUUACACCUGACACACCACCCACUCCUCCUCUGCCCAAACCUAGAAUUGGUGCCACAGAGUCGGUGGUGGAAAAAACCCCUGCCAAGAGACGACGUAAAUUAGCACAAUUUUCACCUUCAACUGGCACUAAACUCGUGGAGGCCAUCCAGGCGGAAGGAGUUGUGGUGGAUGCUCAUAUCGAGCUAAUUGGAUUUACACCCACAUCCGGUACCAGUACCAUUCCAGACUCAAAUACGUCUACUCCAAAGUCUUUACCCGCAGUUACUAAAGAACCAUCAUUAUUCGGAGACCCGGAGGAAAUGACUUUCGAGUGGCAAAACAACACAGGAAGCGAUGUGGAUGACGAUCUACUUGAUACAGGCACCGUUGACAUUGACGAAGGCCGGUGCAGGAAUGUCAACGAUUAUCCAGCAGACCUGUUUGAUAUAUCUCCUGAGCAUCUGCACCAAUUGCACCAUUUAGAUGCUGAAGACGAUUCUGCAUUACGGGCCAUGGCAGGUAAUGAAGACUUGAUGCAUUUUGCCUGGAGCAGCGACCCCAAAGUCUUUACUGGAGCCAGAGAAGACUUCCAUGGUCCAUCGGGCCCAACAUUCCCAGUGGAGAGUGUCACCCCACUAGACAUUUUCGAGAGGAUUUGGGACGAAGCUAUUAUAGAGCAUAUUAUAAAGGAGACCAAUAGAUAUGCCUUUCAACUUUUUAGUCGGACAAAUUUAACGCAGCAGUCCAGGAUGAGACGGUGGACUGAUGUCACGCGAGACGAGCUAUGGACCUUCUUUGGGAUAAUAAUGUUACACAGCUUUGUCCCAAAUCCCGUCGAAAAAGAGUAUUGGUACCCUCUACUGCCCGAUCUUCAGAUCGGCAACAUUAAAAACAGAAUGUCCUUCAGACGGUUCCUUUUAAUUAAGAAAUGUCUGCAUUUCGUAGACAACACUUCGAUAACUGAGCACUCUACAGGUGAACAAAAAAAACUUAAGAAAAUUCAGCCCAUACUGAAUCAUUUAAAUGAUAAAUUUAGCAGUUUAUACCUACCCGAGCAGAACAUAGCGAUAGAUGAGUCUCUCCUUCUUUGGAAAGGGAAACUCUCGUUCUCCCAGCUCAUCGCCACCAAAGCUGCUCAGGUAGGUAUAAAAAGCUACGAGUUAUGCGAGUCCCGAACAGGAUAUCUGUGGAAGAUGGAGGUUUACGCAGGAAAGAGACACGAUGUAUCAGAAAGUGUGGAACCGGAAAGGGGAUUGAACGAACCUGAGGGGGCCACGUCCCAAAUAGUCUAUCGUCUUGUUCGUCCUCUAUUAGAUAAAGGCUACACUUUGGUGAUGGACAAUUUCUAUAACUCGCCUCUACUGUCACGAACCCUAAAAUCUCGUAAAACAGAUACCAUUGGGACUCUUCGGCUCAAUCGGCAAUUUGUACCGGACAGCCUUCGUAGCAAAACAAAGCUUAAUAUGCGGACGGGGGAGGUUGCCAGCAGCCAAACCCAGGAUCUGACGAUUGUGGUGUGGAAAGAUAAUAAUUUAGUUUCACUGAUUUCCACUUACCACAAAGUGGAAAUCAGUGGAAAAGAAAAACAUGGUGUUUAUAAAUAUAAACCCCAAGUUGUUCUAGACUAUAAUCUUGCAAUGGGGGGUGUCGACAAGAAAGAUCAACUCUUGCAGGCAUACCCCGUUGAAAGAAUCAGAAAUUUAGUCUGGUACAAAAAAUUGUUUCGGAGACUUCUAAAUGUCUCCAUACACAACUCAUACGUAAUUUAUAACUGUAAAACGAAUAUAAGUCAAAGGCUGUUUCGGGUACAACUUGCCGACCAAAUUUUGAAAAAAUACAACCCGCAACUCCCUACGCCGGCUCAGGUGCCAAAAACUGGUCAUUUCCCAACUAGAACCAAUAAAAGAACGCGUUGCAAAUUGUGCGCAAAAAGUAAACUGGAUGUUCGUACUCCCUGGGCGUGUGAUACAUGCUUGGUCAGUUUGUGCAUUGAUGGAUGCUUCAAACGAUUUCAUAUCAGCUCAUAGAUUGUGAGAUUGUUUAAAGCAUCAUCAUGUUUUCUGUCCAUAAUAUGUUUGUCCACACUUGUUCUGGUAAACAAAUAUAUCUUAUUUUAUCAAAAAAUAUCUUUCAAAUCGGUCUAGUUAACGAAGAUAGGAAUAUCCAUCAGAAAUUUGCUCUAAAAUACAACCUAGUUGAAUUGGAAAUGCAAUGCGACAGGCCCGACCCAGUUCUAAAAUAUAAAUAUCGAAUUGAUAACCACGUCCUUUUUGAAGUCGGUUAAAAUAGCCAUCACUUUUUAAACCAUGUAAACUGCACUCUGACUUAUAAAUCUACUAUAGUCUGCUGGUCUGCGAGCACGUAGAAUUUUGUCCAAAGA